UCCCCGCAUAAUCUGUCAUUCCGUUUCUGCUGUGCUUGUGGUCUUUCUGGCGAAUACGGAAAGUGAAAUUUUCUUCUAAAAAAUCAAAGAUUGUGGCAUUUAUUCGACAAAUCCUUUUGUGUUAUAUUAUGGUCCGGUAGAAACAAAGCGACUGUGCAUCAAAAGUGUCCUGUCUUUGUCGUGAUUCUGCAGUUUGGCGGCGCGCCGCUUUCCGCGAGUUGCUGGCCGAAAACAACACUCACACGAAUGACGUGGAGCAGCAAUAAGGAUCCGAAAGAAGCGCAAGACAAGCUCGCCCGCUCCUGUUGAUUGUGGAGAACAACAAACAGAAGUCCAUAUCCCGACAGGCACGGGUCAAGUCCUACUAAUAUUAAGUAUAUAAGAAGAAGAUAAAUUGAAACAAUGUUCGAGAUAAGCGAUACACAAAAAAUUGGCGUAGGUUUGGCCGGGUUCGGAAUAGCAUUCCUAUUCCUGGGAGUGUUACUGCUGUUUGACAAAGGUCUACUAGCAAUAGGAAAUAUUCUCUUCAUCUGUGGAUUGGCCUGCGUGAUAGGGCUGGAGCGGACGUUCCGGUUCUUUUUCCAGAAGCACAAGGUCAAGGCUUCGAUUGCCUUUUUCGGCGGGAUCGUGAUCGUCCUGCUUGGCUAUCCGUUGAUCGGAAUGCUCAUCGAAACGUACGGGUUCAUACUGCUGUUCAGUGGAUUCUUCCCGGUGGCCAUCAACUUCCUGCGGAGGGUACCGAUUUUGGGCAAUUUCCUCAAUAUGCCCGGCGUCAGCAAGAUCGUGGAUCGACUGGCCGGGGACUCGAAUCGAACUACGGUAUGAUAGCAAUCUGGUUCUGCUCUUUUCUAGUGUCGGUAAGAUUGCGGAAGGUUUUCUCCCGUCUAUUGUUUCUUGUCUUUCUUGUGGAAGAACUCUAACGAAUCAAUCGCUGCAUGCAUCAAACCAAAUCAAUCGUGAAGCUAAAUUGUUCCGAAAGGCAACUAUAAUUGACCUUUGCACAAUUGAUUUUGCAAUUCUGUUGUUCCCACCUGAAGUACCUACCUUUGUUAAACCUUCAUAAUUUUGAUUAAGAAAAUUUAGCAAUUGUACGUAAACCGAUGUAUGUUUUGAGUUUAGGAUCAAACUAGCGUAUAGUGUCACGGUUAUGAAAAAAUAAUAAUGUUAGGUAUUGAAACGGUUAUAUUUUUUAUAACUUGCCCAUGUUUUACGUUUCUCUCAGUGAUCACAUAAAGACAUGCAACUGUAUUUAAUGUGAAAUUUCAA